AUGGUUCGAGGCGUCGAGGGAAACGAAAUGGCCACGCCAAAAUCUGCAUCUCUGAAAAAGUCCAAUUCGAUCAAGACGGACAGGUCCCAGAAGUCCAUUCUCGGUUUCUUCCAAAAGAAAGCCGCUGGCAGCGCAGCUUCCUCGCCUGCCAGUGCCGCUGUCAAAGCGGAAGCAUCCAAUGGCACUCCCAAGCGUCCCAUGGACAUGACACCUGCGCCGAGCAGCGACGCGAUACAGCCUUCAAGUCCGCUAGGAAACCGAACCGUCAACGGAGUGAAGGACGAGAAGAACAAGGAGAAUGGUUUGCCAUCUCCAGUAUCUUCUGAAGAAGCAUGUGCUGAUAUGGGAUUUCUCAAAGAAGGCGUGGAUAUGAAGACAUACACGAGCCCCACUCGAAAGUCAAAGAGAACCGUCAACUAUGCAGAGUCCGAUUCCGAAAAAGAGGUCCUUCGGCCAUCCUCCGGAAACACCAAUCGUGGAGGUGCGAAACGGAGGCGAGUCACAAUUGAGGAUUCGGACGAUGACUUUGGCGCCACGGAUGCCAUAGAUGGCAAUGACGAUGAAGAUGACGACAUGGAUGACUUUAUCGUUGCCGAUGACUCCGACGAAGAAGAUGGGUCGUCUCGAAAGCGGAACAAGAAGCCCCCGACCUCCAAAAAGCAGAAGACGAAGAUAUCUUCGUCCCCACCGCCACGCCCCCGUAUCGAAGAUGAAGACAUCGUGAUGGACUCUACAUCUACCGCUCAGCAAUGGAAAUUUGAUCCGGAGGCACCCGUGUCCAACGAGCCUCGCAAACACCAACCGCAUAUCUCGAAAGCAUCAAGCGAGAAGAAGGGGAAACCCAAAGUUCAUAUUACGGAGCCCGAGAAAAGAUAUCCGUGGUUGGCACAUGUUCUGGACGCAGACCGGAACCCAGUCGGCCAUCCGGAUUAUGAUCCCCGUACGGUGUUUAUCCCACCGAUGGCGUGGAAUAAAUUCUCUCCGUUCGAGAAACAAUACUGGGAGAUCAAGCAGAAAUACUGGGAUACCAUCGUCUUCUUCAAGAAGGGCAAGUUCUACGAGCUCUACGAGAACGAUGCCACGGUUGGCCACCAGGAGUUCGACCUCAAGCUGACAGAUCGGGUCAACAUGCGGAUGGUCGGCGUCCCCGAAGCGUCCCUCGAUCACUGGGCAAAUCAAUUCGUGGCAAAAGGAUACAAGAUCGCUCGAGUUGAUCAAAUGGAGUCGGCGCUGGCCAAGCAGAUGAGGGAGAGAGACGGCGUAGUACCUGCAAAGAAGCAGAAAGACGACAAGAUCAUCAGAAGGGAACUAGCCGCUGUUCUGACUUCUGGUACGCUCGUUGACGGUGGUAUGCUGCAGGACGACAUGUCCACCUAUUGUGCUGCCGUGAAGGAAAUCGAGACGAACGGCCUGCCAACCUUUGGCAUCGCUUUCGUCGACGCCGCAACGGCUCAGUUCCACAUCGCAGAGUUCGUGGACGACAUCAGCAUGACAAGGUUUGAGACGUUCGUAGCUCAGACACGCCCCGGAGAGUUGUUGCUCGAGAAGUCGUGCAUAUCUGCCAAAGCGCUCCGCAUCCUCAAGAAUAACACCUCUCCGACUACGAUCUGGAACUAUUUGAAGCCGGUCAAAGAGUUUUGGGCGGCCGACAACACCUGCCGCGAGAUCGACGCUUCGGAGUAUUUCAAAGACGAAGACAAGGAGGGUGCCGAUACGUGGCCUGCAGCACUCCGAGAGGCGCGGGAGAAGGAACUGGCCAUGUCUGCAUUCGGAGCGCUUGUCCAAUACCUGCGUACCCUCAAGAUUGAGAGGGAGCUAGUAUCCCUCGGCAAUAUUCACUGGUAUGAUCCCAUCCAGAAAGCGACCAACCUGGUGGUGGAUGGCCAAAGCCUCAUCAACCUUGAGAUAUUCGCAAAUAGUUUCGACGGUGGCGUUGACGGGACGCUGUUCCAAAUGCUCAACCGCUGUGUGACUCCUUUUGGAAAGCGAAUGCUGAAGCAAUGGGUCUGUCAUCCUUUGGCGGAUGCGCGAAAGAUCAAUGCUCGACUUGACGCGGUCGAUGCUCUGAAUGCAGACUCUAGCGUCAUGGACAACUUCGCGUCCUCUCUGGCCAAAAUUCCGGAUCUGGAGCGAUUGCUUUCUCGAGUCCAUGCUGGGCGCUGCAAACCACAGGACUUCCUUCGCGUCCUGGAGGGGUUUGAGCAGAUCGAAUACACAUUCAGUCUCCUAAAACAGUUCGGCGACGGAGACGGUGUCCUAGGCCAGCUGAUCUCCUCCAUGCCUGAUUUAUCAAUCCAUCUGAAGCCGUGGAAGGGUGCUUUUGACCGAAACCUACUUCGAGACAGUGGGGUGCUGGUUCCGGAGCCGGGCGUCGAGAGCGAUUUUGACGAGAGUCAAGAAAACAUCGAUGGCAUCCUGGGCGAUCUACACAAACUUAGAAACAAAUGGCGGAAGGAACUGAACUGCUCGGCGAUCGAAUUCCGUGAUAACGGCAAGGAAAUCUAUCAACUUGAGGUUCCCGUCAAGGUCAAGGGCAUCCCCAAGCAUUGGGACCAGAUGUCCGCCACGGUCAAAGUCAAACGCUUCUAUUUCCCCGAGCUGAAGGCGCUUGUCCGGUCAUUGCAGGAAGGUCAAGAAACUCACAGCCAAAUCGUCAAAGAGGUCUCUAGUCGCUUCUAUAAGCGCUUUGAUCAGGAGUAUUCUACGUGGCUUGCAGCCGUCAAGGUGGUUGCUCAGCUUGACUGCCUCAUCAGUCUCGCCAAAGCCUCCUCGUCGCUUGGUGAACCCAGCUGCCGCCCUACCUUUGUCGACCAAGAACGCGCCUUUAUCUCCUUCACCGAGCUCCGUCACCCUUGCAUGGUCCACACCGUCUCCGACUUUAUCCCCAACGACAUCGUCCUCGGCGGCACCCAUCCGAACGUCGACCUCCUCACCGGAGCCAACGCCGCCGGCAAGUCCACCAUCCUCCGCAUGACCUGCAUCGCGGUGAUCCUCGCGCAAAUCGGCCUCUACCUCCCCGCCACCGCCGCUACCCUCACUCCCAUCGACCGCAUCAUGUCGCGCCUCGGCGCCGCGGACAACAUCCUCGCCGCGCAGUCGACCUUCUUCGUCGAGCUGGCGGAAACCCGCAAGAUCCUCGCGGAGGCGACGCCGCGCUCGCUGGUCAUCCUUGAUGAGCUGGGCCGCGGUACGUCGAGCUACGACGGGCUCUCCGUCGCGCAGGCGGUGCUGCACCACAUCGCCGGCCGCGUCGGGUGCCUGGCGGUGUUCGCGACGCACUAUCGCAGCCUGGCGAAGGAGUUCGCGGGGCAUCCGGAGAUCGCGGCGAAGCGGAUGCGGAUCCAGGUGGAUGAGGAGGAGCGGAGGGUGACGUUCUUGUAUAAGUUGGAGGAUGGGGUCGCGGAUGGGAGCUUUGGGAUGCAUUGUGCGGCUAUGUGUGGGAUUCCGGCGAAGGUGGUGGAGGGCGCGGAGGUGGCGGCGAGGGAGUGGGAGAGUACGAGUCGGCUGAAGGAUGGUGGGAAUGGCGAUGGGACAGUGGAGAUUUCCUUGGGGUUGCUAAGCGAUGUCGCAUGGAUGUUGAGAGAUGGCGUGGAUGGUGUGGGUAAACGAGGACUACAGACUUUGGUCAAGGCGAUUGAAGCUCUGUAA